CUUACUGAAGAUCAGGAAGGGAUCAGCUUCCUCUUACACCCGACAGGCGGGACCUGAAAGGGGGCUGUCCCGGGACCUUUCCUCCUUACCUUGGUACAUUUUCCUCCUGCGGCCAUUUCUGUUGCAGUGGAAAGUGGUCACUUAUGGUCAGGGGAGCAGCCUGCACCCCCUCUCCAGGUGGGGGCUGUGUACAUGAGUGAAGAGGAGCCUUCACAUGACCACCGGAUGAGCCAGGACACUUCAGCAGAAGAGGCCAAUGCCAUGCUCAGGCUGGACACCGAAGGCGACCCCAUGGCGAUGUUGUCUGUGAUUCCUGGGGAAGCCGAGGAGAAACUGAGCACAGAGCCCAGUGCUGGCACCUGCAGGGCUGGAGGGGACGCGGACUCGUGGUGUGACCUCCGGGAGAGCCUCUUCUCUCUGGACAGCACUAGUGGGAACUUCCCGGAUAGGGAAGAAGAGGAUUACACAGAGCCGGAAGUGGCAGGGUCCGGGCCAGCCCCCAUGGAGGACACCAAUCACACCGACAGUCAGAAAUCCCCCAAGGUGAGCUGUGAAGAGAGAAACGUCACGGGACUGGAAAAUCUCACCCUGAAAAUUUUAAAUAUGUCACAGGACCUUAUGGAUUUUCUAAACCCCAACGGUAGUGACUGCACACUAGUCUUAUUUUACACUCCUUGGUGCCGAUUUUCUGCCAGUUUGGCCCCUCAUUUUAAUUCUCUGCCCCGGGCAUUUCCAGCUCUUCAUUUUUUGGCACUGGAUGCAUCUCAGCACAGCAGCCUUUCUACCAGGUUUGGCACCGUAGCUGUUCCCAACAUCUUGUUAUUUCAAGGAGCUAAACCAAUGGCUAGAUUUAAUCAUACAGACCGAACAUUGGAAACCCUGAAAAUCUUCAUUUUUAACCAGACAGGUAUAGAAGCCAAGAAAAAUGUGGUGGUAACUCAAGCUGACCAAAUGGGCCCUCUUCCCAGCACGUUGAUAAAGAGCGUGGACUGGUUGCUCAUAUUUUCUUUAUUCUUUUUAAUCAGUUUUAUUAUGUAUGCUACCAUCCGAACUGAGAGUAUUCGGUGGCUAAUUCCAGGACAAGAGCAGGAACAUGUGGAGUAGGGAUGGACUGAAAGAAGCCAGAAAGAGGAAUUUCAAUCCUUCAUUUCAGAAAUUAAUGCUGCAGUUUCACACAUUUUCUCCAGUGAAAUGUUGACUUAUAACUUCAGUCAGAUUAAAAGAAUUGUGCACAUUUGUCGAACUGUUGAAUGUGUAAAAAAAUUAUAAAUUGGUCUUUUAACUAGUAUUGCAAUAAGCCAAUGCAAAAUAUUCAAUAGAAUUCACCAUUCUUGUUUUUACUACUUGAAUAUAAUCCAAUGUUUUAAGGGAGAAAUCCAGUUUGAAAUGUGAAGAUGUAUUCUGGUGGAACAGUGAAUUGAGUGACAAUCUGCUUACUGCAUAGAAGGCAGAAAUUAGACUUUCAGAUUAUAGUUUUAGAAGACUCUUGAUUCCUUAUAUAUGUCUAAGAAGGUUGGUUUUCUGUUCAUCUGCCAUUUCUGAAUCUAGAAGCAGGAAAGUGUUGUGGGAAGAAUAACCAGAAUUGAUAAGUGUGACCUUACAAGUAACAACUGAUGGGAAAAUAAAAGAGUCAAAUACCUCA